UUUUUGCUACAGGUCAAGUGUAAACGUGAAUUAUUUUCCGCGGAAUUCACGAAAACGCAUUGAAAAUGACUUUUGACCUGUGACAUUUACUUUUGACAAACAUUUUUGCCUCACUUCUAGUGUAAAGUGUAAACUUAAAACAUAGAGAUCUUUUUUAUGAUUGAUCUAUGAGAUCACGCCAUAUCAUAAACGAACUUGUCGAAAAUGACAUUCGGGGUAAAUGCUCUAUUUGAGCGAAAUGCGAACUGUAAAGUGAAAAGUAAAUACCCAAUUCACGGUUAAGGUAAUCACAGGUUAUUUGAGAACUGUUCACAGGUAGUGAUUGUGAUUUGUCAAUCACAGGUUAAAAAUCACAGGUCGUGAUUUUUUGCUCAUCUCUAAAGUUUAAUCAUGUACAUGGAUUUGUGUGACAAGUUUAACGUUUAUAAAUCUCGAAUUGGUGUUGGAAUUAUAUUGCUAUAUUGCUUGCUCUGUUGGUAAAAAUCACGAACAUGGAAUCGACGUGAAAGUGUGUGAGCAUUGAGCAUCCUCGUAAGCGCACGUUAGCUUUAGCUUUGUUCGACCUAUUUUUGCUAUUACUCCAAUUUUUCAUAACAAGAGUCAUAUCUCAAGCAUACUUACGAUUAUAAUUCAAUGGAUUUGUCCACCAAUCUUAUGCAAUGAAAGUUAAAAUAAAAUCUUGGAUGGGCGUUGCAUCUUGGCGCUGGAUUGCUAAUGAUGAAAAUUGUGGUAUUUGUCGUAUGUCGUUCGAGAGUACGUGUCCAGAGUGUUCACUGCCUGGCGAUGAUUGCCCACUCGUUUGGGGUGUUUGUUCCCAUUGUUUCCACAUGCAUUGUAUUGUAAAGUGGCUCAAUUUACAACCCUUAAAUAAGCAGUGCCCAAUGUGCCGACAAGCUUGGAAAUUCAAUAUUCACUGAAUGUAUCUAAACUAUUUUAAAUGAUUAUAUUUAAACAAAAAACUACUUGCACUGUUUAAGUAAGUACUAUAUUAUAAUUAUAUAUCUAAAAAACUAUAGACAAUACAACAACAAAAAUUAUACAUACUUGGAAAU